AAAGGUUUUUCGUGAAUGUGUGGCUAAACAUUUAAGUAUAAAAGGCUGAAUAGCGCUAACGUCAGAUAGAUGCAAAUAAUCUUUGCUUAGAGUAACAUCAGUGUAGUGUGUGCUAUUAUAACAAUUACAGAUGAAGCUGUUAAUUCUUUUGGUCGUGGUCGCGGUGGCGACAGCCCGUCCAGAUGAGCAAUACAGCAGCCGAUAUGACGACUUUGACGUAGACCAGCUGAAGGAAAAUCCUAGACUAAUGAAUGCUUAUAUAAUGUGUUUCCUUGGAGAGGGAAAGUGCACACCAGAAGGAAAUGAAAUUAGCACAUGGAUUCCAGAUGCAAUCAACAAUACUUGUAAAAACUGUUCGGACAAGCAAAAAGUUCUCGUUGCCAAAAUGAUCAAGACCAUGAUGGACGACCAUGCUGAGGGCUGGGAGAAGCUUAAGAACAAAUAUGACCCAGAGCAUACCCAUGAAGACGUACUGAAACAGUUCAUUGGAGAACACCUCCAAUAAACCACGUUUGAACUUUGAUUUCUUCAUAGUUUCUUGUAAAAUAAAUUUAGAUUUCUAAAAAG